GAUACGGAAGAGGAAGGAGCUAUGUUUUGAAAGCAUUGUCAGAAGUUUAGAAAGUUAGGAAAAGGAACUUGUUGAAAUAACUUUACAUGACAUUAUUUACAUAGGGCAAUGAUACUAUUAAAAUACAUCCUAAUUAUAUUUUAACAACGUGCGUGUCACUAAUUGAAGGAAGGCAGUUUGGGAGAGGAAACUAACUUCGCUACGUUGAUAUCUAGCGUGUGCUUGCUUUGACAACUAGUUAGACGUUUUUGAGUUGUGUUACUUGACUUUUACCAAGAUGGACAUACAACACCGGCAGCGUCCGGUCAAACCGGACCAGAGUUUUUGGGACAACCGAAGACUGUGGACCGCAAGGAUUUUCUCCAUGCUCUGCUGUGCAAUGGUGAUGUCGGUCGUUGCAGUAUUCUGCGCCUUUGUUUACCUCAUCUUGAAAGAGAUGCAGAAUGAGAGAGUGAUUGGAGAGGAUGGCUCAGAGGUUAGACUCCUAGGGUUCUGGAGUGUUCUGGUCAUGUCGGUGCUAGCAGGGUUCUGCUGCUGUAGCUUCACAUGGACCAUCACCUACUUUGACUCUUUUGAGCCCGGCACGUUCCUCCCAACGCCCCUGUCCCCUGGCCACCUCAGGCAGGUGACAGGUCACUCCUUCCACAUGAGCUACAGUGUGGCGGUCCUAAAUGGCAUUGUAGCGGCGAUCACCAUCAUCUGGAGCCUUACCUGACCUUACCCACAACCCCCUGUUCUACCUGACCUUACCCACAACCCCCUGUUCUACCUGACCUUACCCACAACCCCCUGUUCUACCUGACCUUACCCACAACCCCCUGUUCUACCUGACCUUACCCACAACCCCCUGUUCUACCUGACCUUACCCACAACCCCCUGUUCUACCUGACCUUACCCACAACCCCCUGUUCUACCUGACCUUACCCACAACCCCCUGUUCUACCUGACCUUACUCACAACCCCGUUCUACCUGACCUUACCCACAACCCCGUUCUACCUGACCUUACUCACAACCCUCUGACCUUACCCACAACCCCGUUCUACCUGACCUUACUCACAACCCCCUGUUCUACCUGACCUUACCCA